AUGGUAGAUCUUCAAAUUGUAUGCUGCAUGUGCGGUGACGUUGGUUUCACUGACAAACUUUUCCGAUGCAGCAAAUGUCGCCACCGAUUCCAACACUCGUAUUGCAGUAACUUCUAUGGAGAAUUAAGCGAGAUUGAAGAGUGUGAUUGGUGUCAAAGCAAAGGGAAAAGCGGUGUUGGCUCCAAGAAACCGGCUGUGAGAGUAGCAAUCAAUGGUGGUGGUUCUUCUGAAUGUUCCGGGGAGAAAAUAAUGAAGCAGCAUCGUGACGAGAAGAAGAAGAGUUCAUUGGCAUCACCAAGACAAGCAACACGCAGGUAUAAGCUUCUCAAAGACGUAAUGUGUUGA